AUGAAAAAGUAGUUAGUUACUUCUUUGAAAAUUUAGAAGGUUAGAAAAACUCAAGAGAAAUGUGUGAUCAACUUAAAGUUAUUGAGCAAAUUGAUGCAGAUACUUAAGUUCUUUUAUUCAAAACCAAGGGUAAAUUUGUUGUAAGCUCUAGAGAAAUGUUAGGAAUUCAACACAGAAGAAAAGUAAAUCCCAAUGAAUAUCUUAUCACCAGAGGACAUCUCGAUGAACACCCAGCUGCUCCUAAAGACGCCGACACUGUCAGAGCUGAAGGUAAAGUUUAUAGCAUCUUUAUUUCUAAAGAAAGCGAUAACUCAGCUAAGUUUUAAGCCUUUAUGUUAAUGGAUCCUAAGGGAAGCAUUCCAAUAAUGGUUUUCAAUCUUAUGA